AUGCUGAAAGGUGCAGAUGAUUCUGUUAUGGAGCAGGAGGACUCUGCUUCUCAACAUGGAGAAAUGACGAGUUGGGAUAUCAAUGAUAUCAAACUUCCCCAGUAUGUGAACCAGACAGACUGGUUCCAAGAAUGGCCAGAUUCCUAUGUAAAACAUAUCUAUAGCUCAGAGGAUAAAAAUGCUCAGAGGCACCACAGCAGCUGGGCAAUGAGAAACACCAACAACCACAACUCUCGCAUCUUGAAAAAGUCCUGCCUUGGGGUGGUGGUUUGUGGUAAUGACUGCUCUACCUUGGAUGGGAGGAAGAUCUACCUAAGACCAGCCAUAUGUGAUAAAGCCAGGCAAAAACAACAGCGGAAAUGCUGUCCAAACUGCAAUGGACCACUGCGACUCCUUUCCUGCCGAGGCCAUGGUGGCUACCCAGUUACCAACUUCUGGAGGCAUGAAGGCCAAUUCAUAUUUUUCCAGUCCAAAGGAGCUCAUGACCACCCACGUCCAGAAACAAAAUUAGAAGCAGAAGCAAGAAGAUCAAUCCAAAAAGCAAAGACAGCUUUUUCUCCACCUUCUCUAAGACUAAAAAGAGUCCAGGAGAUUGAGUCUCUGACAGGUGUAAUGCCGACACGGGAGCCUUUGCUUCUUUCCCACCCGGAUGCUCACACGCCACCUGCUAAUUUCAGGGGACGGGCAGCCGGGGAGGAUGGUCCCUCCGGAGAGGCAGCGGGCUGGGGCCGCAGCCUGUCCCUCAGCCGGGCCCCCAGCGCCAUGGGGCCGUGCAGCGUCCCCGCUGCGCCCAGCACAGCCCCUGCCCGCCAGCAGUGCGCCCACCUCAGCGCCCAGCGCAUCCUGCCCGGGACAAAGGGCGGCCGGGACCCCUUCGGCUCCGACGUGAGCCCUCUGGGGGACGGAUCCUGCAGGGAGAAGCCCCCUGUGACCUACAGCAGCAGCCGCCCGGCUCUGCCGGCCCGCGCCGCGCCUCAGGGCGGGCCCUGCGCCAUGGCGAGCGCGGCACAGCCUCGCCCGCAGCUCCUGCCGCCUCCCAGGGGGAGCGGAGGACACGGCGGUGGGGGCGGCCACGGAGCCUGUCUCGGCUACUGCAACAACGACAUGGUUUUUAACCUGCACCCAUUGCGGUGA